GUUGUGGUCGGUGCAGGCAAGAGUAGGUACGCGCGUGCGCAUAGCGCAUGGGUCGUAGCGCUGAAGGCUCCCGUGGAUUAUCCCUGCAAAUGGGUUCCGCGGCCUAGCGCCCCACGCAUUACCACCCGUGAUCGUGCACCAAGGUCUGCGAGGAGGGGUCGCCGCCGAGAUCUCUCCACAGCGCGCGGGUCCUGAAGUAUGGCAGCCAUCCCUUCCAGCGGCUCGCUCGUGGCUACCCAUGACUACUAUCGGCGACGCCUGGGCUCCUCGUCCAGCAACAGUUCCUGCGGAAGUGCAGAGUACCCCGGGGACGCCGUGCCUCACCCCCCGGGUCUCCCCAAGGCCGACGGUGGCCACUGGUGGGCCAGCUUCUUUUUCGGGAAGUCCACCCUCCCAUUCUUGACCACAGUGUUGGAGUCUCCUGAACACUCGGCAGAAUCCUCCCAGGCCUCCAGAAGCCCGAUCACCCGUGGCCUGGCUCCUGAAACCAUGAAGCAGCAGCAGCCAGUCAUCGACCCUGACCAGGCCAACACGAGGGCCCCGUCCUGACCUAGCAGAACUUCAGCAAACUCAACUUCAGCGGUGCUAGGCCAGAGCCCGAUCCAUGCACCCUACCCUGUAAAGUAGGAAGGCUGUAGCAAGCAAUAGACACCAGCUGGAGAGAGCCCCUCCCCCACACACACACCUGGUUCACAGCACUGAGCUUUCCUGACCCCAUAACUGUGCCUUGCACCGAGCAGAAAAUAAACUCCCAGCAGCCCUCCUC